AUGCCGUGCAUCGCUGCGCUCAACGCCGCAUCCGCCUGCUCGCCCUCAACACCGCAUGCCCUGGUGCUCAAAGCCCCGCCUCCCAGCCUCCUCAACGCCCUGCCCUCCAUCCCACGCACGGCCGCGCUCAACGCCGCACCUGUCCACGCCGCACCCGUCCGCCCACCCUCACCACUGCUCGCCCGCCCUCAACACCGUCCGCCCCGGCGCCCAACACCCCGCCCCUCGACCUCCUCCGCAAUGCACGCACCGCCCUCCAAGCCACGUGGGCCCGCCCUCAACGCCUCGCGCCGCGGCACUCAACGCCCCGCCCGCGGCCUCCUCGACGCUGCACGCCCCGCCCUCCAUGCCGCGCCGCAGCGCUCAACACUGCAACGUCCCCGUCCUCCAUGCCGCUUGCCCCCCCUCGCUCAAUGUCGUGCACCCUUCAGUAGCGUACAGGCCGCUGUCGUGCCGCGAUAUCGUAAGGUAGAGAUCACUCAAUAA